CCCGCGUCCGAACUCUCUCUCCAGGACUUUUAUAGACGCUCUCUGGUAAGUUCCCGGCUGUGGAUGUCUGAAGUAGCAGCAGGCAAGGGGCAGAGCUUUGGAACCUCCAACUGACUUACUGGGCAACAUGAAUCUGGAGAGCUACUUUGAGAGGAUUGGCUACAAUGGUCCUUCUGACAAAGCAGAUUUGGAAACCCUAAAGAAUCUCCACCGGCAACAUGUCCUGUCAAUCCCAUUUGAAAACCUCAGCAUUCACUGUGGAGAGUGGAUCACCACGGACCUGGAGUCCAUCUACACCAAAAUUGUGAAGAAUAAUCGAGGGGGUUGGUGCUUUGAAAACAACCAGCUCUUCUCUUGGGUAUUGAAAGAGAUGGGCUACACCAACACAACACUGGGGGCAAGAGUGUUCAAUAGAGACAAAAAAGAAUUUUACCCAGAUGAGUCCCAUCUCAUUAACAAGGUCCUAAUUAAUGGGAAAUCAUACAUUGCAGAUGUGAGCUUUGGGGUGUCUAAUCAACUAUGGCAUCCCAUUGAACUCGUCUCAGGCAAAGAUCAACCACAGCUCCCUGGUGUGUUCCGCAUUGUGGAGAAAAGUGGAGUGUGGAUUUUAGAGAAAACAGGAAGAAAGCCCCUUAUUCCAAACGAGAGCUUUGCCAAUUCAAGUCUUAUAAACAAAACAUUAACAUCACAAAUAUACUCCUUUGCUUUAAAACCACGGGACAUUGACCACUUCCAGGAGACCUCUAAAUUGCUUCAGACCUCACCAGAGUCUCUAUUCACAAACAAGUCCAUCUGCUCCCUGCAGACACCCUCUGGAUUCAAGGCACUCAUUGGCUGGACAUAUAGUGAAGUCACCUACAAUUACCAGGAUGGGAUUGAUCUGCUUGAUAUGAAGGAUAUAGCCAAUGAUGAAAUCGAUAAAGUAUUAAAGGAAGAAUUUUCCCUGUCAUUAAAGAGUAAACAUACUCCCAAAAACACAAAAGUCUGCUACACCCUGUAGUCCAGUAACCACAUCUGGUUGAAGCAAAAUUUGCUCAUUGUUACAUAUCCUUUCUUAUUUAAAUGCAAGACUAACCAUCCAUAUGGAUAAUUCAUACACAGAACUUUUUAUGAAAUGUAUGAUAACGGGAUCUAUCAGUGCUGGUUACCAGUGCGUCAUGAUUUGGACAGCGGUACAAUUUCUGUUGUUUUGGCUCUGUACUCCAGCACAUUGGAUUUGAAAUGAAAAAUUAAAUGAGACUGUCACCUUUAAUUUGAGGCUAUUUACAUACAUAUUGGGCAAUCCAUUACAUCCCAUAUUAGGUGCUUCAUCCCACAACAAGGCAUGAUCCAAAACAUACACGAGUACAUGUCUCUUUUAUACACCAUGUACAUGGUAUAUGUCUGUUUUUAAUGUAUGUUUUUUUUCUCAGCCUCAUAACGGCUUCCUUGAAUGUCAUUGCCACAAGUCUGGUCCCCACAUUGACAAACGGGAAUAACUCCAUAGGCAAUGAAAACCCUAGAAUCAAGACUAGAUAUUGAAAGCUUUCUUAUAUCUGCAUCAAGAGAGCACUUGAAUGCAUCAGCGGAGAAGCGGACUGUCCAAUUACUUUUGGUCCUCUAAAAUGUAUAUAAAAGGUUGCGAUUCCUACUCAGAUCACUGGAUAUGAAAAAAUAGCCUGAUAUUAAAGGUAUCGCACUUCAGCAUUAUACUCAUUAUUUCAUUUUUAAUUAAGCAAUAUACAUUUUAAUGGCUUUUGUGAAUGGAAUUUAUUCAGCAAAGGUUCUAAAUUUCAUUCAUUUUUUAAAAAGGUCUUCACAGCACACUAGUUGGGAAAGGCUGCUUUAAUUGAAUGAUUUAAAUAAGUCACUUUUGCUGAGAUCUUGCUGAUAUGCUUGCUAUAUGACAAACUGAAUCAGAAUACAAUCAGAAAAUGCCACAACUGUGGAAAGCUUACUGUAUAUGGUACCAUUCCACAUGAUUGGAGGUUUACUGGCAUCAAAAUGCAAAGAUAACUCUGUAUGUAUAAUAAGGACAAGAAUAAAUACAGGUAUGUACACCA